AUGAAUGGUUAUAUUAAUUUCGGUUCACAGGUUGACGUCGUGGUAGUCAUAGAUCACGAAAGACUGUACAAUGAAUUAAAACGAGAUCUUCCGGAGUUCGUCAAAAUUGCUCAUCAGCCGAAAUCGGGAGGUGUCGAAGAAAGAUCACGAGCACUUCGUAUCGUCGGCCGACGAAGCAAAAUUUGCAGCUACUUCUACGGUGGUACACGACAAGUGUAUUUUCCACACUCGUUUCAGGUGCGUUUCGACGAAGUUUGCAUCUACAAGAUAGGCGCUCCGGCGUUGCCAGACUCUUGCAUGCCUCUUGGCAUGAAGGCCGAAGAUACGAGAACGAAACUAGUGCCUAUACAACCGAAUGCACAGAUGCAGCACCACCUGCUGGCGUUGAGUUUGUGUGAAAGUGCAGAUGACGAUAUCCUGCGCACAAACGUCGCUGGAUUCCUGUGCGUUACCGAAGUCUGGAUCGAACGACAAACGAUGACCGUUCUGAGUCCCCAACCUUAUCCCUUACCACGCAAAAUCCUGCUGUGGACUGACAUCACUUUUAUGGACGUACACUAA